AUGAAGAGGAGCGUGACGGAGUUAGCGUCUCGAGCAAUGGAAUCUUUCUUCACCCAGAAAUCUCUCCCCGGCCUUCUUCUUCUCUUGAUUGUCUUCUCAGUUUAUCCGAAGCCGGCAUCGACUACGCUUGCAUCGCAAGGUCGAGUGCUCCUCCAAUGGAAAGCCAGCCUCCGAAGCCAACAAUCACUCCGAUCUUGGAACCUCAGCACCAGCCCAUGCAGCUGGAGUGGCAUAACCUGCAGCCUCCGGCGUCACAGGGAGAUCACCGAAGUGAACCUGCCGAGCAUGGGUUUGGAUGGGCCACUCCACACUCUCAACUUCUCCGGCUUGCCAUCACUGACCGGCCUCAAUCUCAUGUUCAACAGGCUCAGCGGGGAGAUCCCUCCCAGCUUCUUCACUCUCUCUGAGCUCAUCUCUUUUGAUGUCCAAGGAAACGACAUCACGGGGACGAUCCCAGCCAGGAUCAGUUCUCUCACAAAGCUGAGAUCCUUAAAUCUCAGUGGAAAUAAGAUUAGUGGCUCCAUCCCUCUUUCGUUAGGCAACAUGACAAGCCUCGUCUUCCUCAUCCUGUCUGGAAAUGGCUUCUCAGGAAGCAUUCCUGAAGAAAUAGGGGAUCUCCAGAAUCUCCAAGAGUUGGAUCUCUCGGCCAACUUUCUCACGGGAUCUAUUCCUCAAAGCCUGGGAAAUUUGACUCAACUCUCCUUGUUGGAUCUCUCUCUGAAUCAUUUAUAUGGGUCCGCUCCUCCAACGCUGGCAAAUCUCCAAAACCUUCUUGUCUUGAGCAUCUCCAAUAAUACUCUCACGGCUUCAAUUCCUGCCAGUUUGGGUAACUUGACUAGGCUUAUCAAGUUGAAUCUUUGGGGUAAUCACCUCUCUGGGUCCAUUCCUCAUGAAGUAGGGAAUCUUGUCCAGAUGACAAAUCUAGUACUUGCUCAUAAUAGUUUACUGGGUUCCAUCCCCCUCUCCCUAAGAAAUCUUUCGAAGCUUAGCACACUUUAUCUCUUCAACAAUCACAUCUCUGGCACGAUUCCUGCUGAAUUAGGCAAUCUUGUCGAGCUGAGAGACAUAGAUCUAUCACAUAAUCUAUUGACUGGUUUCAUCCCUUCCACCCUGGGAAAUCUAGCUAGACUAAGGAACCUGAUCCUUUCUUAUAAUGAACUCUCCGGUCCCAUCCCUUCUACUUUAGCUAACAUGACCUCUCUGAUACUAUUAGACCUCAGCAAUAACCAAAUCUCCGGCUGCAUCCCACCAUCUUUUGCAAAUCGAAGUCUAGAAGAACUAUCAGUGAUCAAUAAUAGCCUCUCCGGAUCGGUCCCAAACCUUACGAGCUUGGUUUCUCUGAAACUAGCAUACAAUGACCUCUCUGGGCAUCUGCCACCGGAUGUAUGCAGAGGAGGAAAGCUUCAGCAUUUCACCGCAGCCUAUAACAAGUUCCACGGGCCGAUACCAGAGAGCUUGAGAAACUGUUCAAGCCUAGUGCGUGUUCGAUUGGACAGGAACAACCUCACCGGAGACCUCUUCGAUCACUUUGGAGUCUAUCCUAAUAUAAGAUAUAUUGACUUGAGCUACAACAGGUUAUCUGGAAUGCUUUCACCGGAAUGGGGAAGUUGUUCAAACUUGACGAGCUUAAGAAUAUCCAACAACAGAUUAAAUGGAACAAUUCCAUUUGGGCAAUCAUACGAGCGAAAAAGGUUUGAGUAUAUUGAGCAAAAGGGGUCUACUUUGCGGACAAAGUGUUGGGCCACUGGAUUUUUGUGA